AAUGGUGGGAGGUUUACAUCUCAAGGUCGUCCGACAAACUUUAUACAUAAUAACGUGAAAUUUUAAACGUUUACCCCAGCAACUGAAGGAGUGGAAAUAAAAACGAACAAGGGGUAAAUAAGGGGAACAUUCCCUGAUAAAAUUAAGCAGAAAUAAAGAGGGAUUGCUACGUUUUUGACUCAACUGACUACAGCUUCAUUUCUUUGAAGUAAUCAAUCUUCAUUUAUAUCAGCGUUCAGGAAUAUAAAUGCAUAUCUAAUGUCUUCAGUCAGAGAGUUAAAAGAAUCACCUGUGGCCUCAGCUCAAGCGUAUGUUUUACAGUUUAACACUGAAGACCGAAUAUGGCUACCAAGUGGUGGAACACGCUCACUUUCAUGGGUUCAAAUUUUACAACAAAAAGGUUUAGAUGCUUAUCGUAUCGUAGGAUGGCGUCAGCCAGAUAAUCAGGUUGUUGUUAAUUCAGUGUUAAAAGCUGGACUCGAGUAUCAAAUACAUGGUCAAUUUCAUGAAUGGCGUGAUCCAAUCACUUCUAGAGUAUAUGGAUUACAUUUUCCGGAACAAGAAGAUGCUGCAAUGUUUUUGAAAACAAUCAACUUUAUUUUGAAUAGACUGACAAAUCCUGAUUGCAAAAAUGCAUUUGAUGGUGAAAACAUAAAUAUCAAUUCACAGUCACGCGAAUAUGCACAACCGUUUAUUUCAAAUACAUUAGAUUCAUCAAAUAAUCAUGCUACCACACCAAAAGGUUGUACCAUAGUUAUUAAUCCAAUAAAUGUUGGCACUGAUGGAAUUGAUGCAGUUGGACAAAUAGAAAAUAAAACUACUCUACCAAAACAACCGGAACCUAAUGAAUUGGCGAAUUAUGAAUAUCAAGAUCAUGUUAAUCAAUCUAAUCAAAUAAAUAAAUCGAUAACUGCUACUACUCUGACUAAUAAUAAUAGUGGUGGUAAAGAUUCUGGUGCCAUUGAAACACAUCGUCGUCAACUAUCUUCUACAUCAUCAAUCAGUUUAGGUUAUGCUACAGGUCCUGGAACAAUUGCAACUCCUUCAUCUGCCUCUUCAUCUACUGGCUACGGUUAUGGUUAUGGAUAUGCAGGUUCAGGAAGUUUAGCUAGUUAUGCAAGUACUAGUAGCAGUGGAAGCAGUGUUGGGAAUGGUCCAAUUAAUGGUAAUUAUUUGAGUACAAUGCAUCGUCUUAGUAGUCAAAAUUUGAGGAAUCCACCUUUAACUGGAGAGUCUAUCAGUAGUAACUGGUCAGGUUCGAAUUCUCAAGUUUCUCGUGAAAUUGUUGAUCAUUCAAGUGUUACUGUUAGCACAAACAGUUCAAAUUCAUCGUCAGUGUUAACAACAUCAGUACCGGGUAGUAAUAAUAAUAAUGAACAGAAUAAUGACGAAGAGUUAGCUAAACAGUCAGAAUCAUCUGGAUUAGCUGCUAUGCUACAAGAAGCUAUUGCUGCACGUAAACGUAAUAAAGAAAAUCGAUGUAAUGAUUCAAUAAGACCAAGUGUUAAUUCAACUUCUUGCAAUAAUCCGAUAAUUUCAACUACAAAAUCCCCGCCUCCACCACCACCACCACCUCCAGCGCCACCGACAUUAUCAUCAAUUACUCAACUGGACAAUAACAAAACCAACCCAAUAAAACGUACGGAUUCUACACAGCAAUUAAGAAAAGAUUCCAUUGAUCAAAAAUCUUCUAUGCUAGCUGAAAUUCAACGUCGUAUACAAGCUAGACGACAGUUAAUCGAUGCUGCUGAAGAAGAAUGUGGUGUGCUUAAAAAAGACCAUCAUUUAGAAUCAUCAAAAUCUAUCUCCAUGUCUUCUGAAAAUACCGGUGUUAUAUCGACUAAUUCGAUCGAUUCAUCAUUGAAUAACCGAAAUGUUAGUACAUCUAAUUGUUCCACAAUAUCAAAUAUUAUACAUUCUGAUUUAUCACUUACUCGUUCAGAAUUGGAUAAUUUACGUCGUGAAAUUAUUGUUGAACUACGUAAAGAAGUUCAAUUGGCAAAAAAUGAAAUUAUGGAUUGUAUCAAAUUGUAUAAAGCUGUUUAAUUUGAAUUAUGCACUCGUUUGAUCUUUGUACACGUUAUUGGAUAAACACAGCUGUCCUAUAUAUAUAUAUUGAACAUUUGAUCAGCUUAUGCUAUUUCACAUAUAAUAAUACACAAUUCUACCACCAAAUUGAAAUUUGUAAAAUUACCUAUUUGUCUUUUUUUUUUAUUAAUUUUGUUUGGAUUGGCUUCUAAUACCUCUAAAGCCUUGAAAACAAUCGAGUAAAUUGCACAUUUAAUUUUUCACAUUCGGUGAAUAUGUUUAAUUCUUAAAAUAUUAUUUCUAUUAUUUUUACAUCUGUUAAAACGUAUUAUUACAUUCCAUUUAUUGAUUAGUUUGUUUUUGCUUGUUUAUUUAUCUAUGAAACAUAAUACCUAUUGUUCAGUAGAAUAAAUUAAUGAUAACUUGAUACUUUCUGUCAUUUGUUUACAUUACCUCAUUAUAUAUUUAGUAGGGUGGAUGCUUUUUUCUUUUUAGGUUAUUUCCUCAAUUGUGUAUGAUCAUUAGUUGAAUCAUCUAUAACUUCGUAAUGUAUCCACACACACACAUACACAAAAAAGGGAGUAUAUUAUAAAAAAAAUUUUUAAUCCUCAAUAUGCUUUUUUUUGUUUCAAUUGGAUUAGGUUUUUAUUAGUAAUAUUAUUUUAAUUGUCGAUUGAAUUUAAUUAUUACCUCAUAUAAUUAGUUGAAAUUUGUUAUUUGGUCAUUAUUCGUCCAAUAAUCUAUCCAAAUAGAUUGUUUAAUUGAGAAUUAGAAGCCAUAUGUACUAGGCAUUCUUACAUUGAAAACAAAACAAACGAACAUGUAUGUAUAUACAAAUAGCUGAGCUUUUGUCUGUAUUUUUCAUUUUCUUUUUUUUUUUUUCGCAAUUAAUCUCAUUAUUAUCAUGAUGUAUCCUGUUUUAAUUUCACUUUAUUCAUCUUUUACACGCAUAUAUAGUGCCUCAGAGUAAUUGCAAAUAUAAAUAUAUACAUUGUAGAAUGUUAAAUACUUUCACUAAUUUUCAUUUUAUGUAAACACGUUCUUGUUUAUCGAUGUUCUUUUGAAAUGAUGAUGAUGAUGAUACAAAUACAUACACAUAAUAUAUAUUCUCGCAUAGUAUGGUCUCUUAAUUAACAUUGAUGGUAGUGAAGUAAGUCAUGAACAGAAGUCAUCAUUUUCAAUAGAAAGUAGGUAUGUCUAUAGUACGGCAUUUAUUUUUUAUUUAUUUUAUUUGAACACAUAAGGGGGGGCACCAAAUAUAUAUGCGCCACACAAAACAAUGAAAACGGGAAGAGAAAAAA